AUGGCUGCCAAGACCAAGACGACGAAGAAGACGACCAAGGCGACCAAGGUGAAGAAGGUCAAGGACCCGAACGCCCCGAAGCGACCGCUCAGCGCGUACAUGUUCUUCGCCAAGGAUCAACGUGCGGCGAUUCUGAAGAAGAAUCCGAGCUUCGGCGUCACGGACGUCGCCAAGGCGCUCGGUGCGCAGUGGGCGAAGACCACGGAUAAGAGCAAGUACGAAAAGGAAGCCGCCAAGGACAAGGCGCGCUACGAGGCCGCCAUGGCCAAGUACAAGAAGUAA